AUGUGUUCACUGUCAGGCAUGAAUCAUCGCGAUAAGAUGAUUGAAACAUUGCUCCGUUUCGCUUCCGGCAACCGGCGGAAACGUCUCGUUUUCGCGAACGCCUUGGCGAUCGUCGGUCGCCCGACCAAGCGGUUUCGCCUCCGCUUCGAACCGCUGCGAGGGCAGCCGCUCGGGAGACGUGGCGCCCUGGCCCGGCGCGCGAAGACCCAGAAGGGCUGGGAGCCCGAAACCCCCGCCACCGAGGUAGAGUCCCAGGUACUCGACAAAUACCAGCUGAAGAACAGGAUCGGGAAGGGGGCGUACGGGGUGGUGUGGCGAGGACAGGACCGCUCGAGCGGCGGGGCUGUCGCGGUGAAGAAGAUCUUCGACGCGUUCCGCAACCGGACGGACGCGCAGCGGACGUUCAGGGAGGUGACGUUCCUGAAGGCUUUCUCGGGGCAUCCGAACGUGGUGAGUCUGCUGGACGUGAUCCCGGCGGAGAACGGGAGGGACCUGUACCUGGUCUUCGAGCAUAUGGACAUCGACCUGAGCAGUUUGAUCAAGAAGCGGAGGCACCUGAAGGACGUGCACGUGAGGUAUAUCAUGUAUCAGCUGUUCCUUGCGAUCCGGUACAUCCACUCGGGGAACGUGAUCCACCGCGACCAGAAGCCGUCGAACAUCCUGCUGAACAACAACUGCCAAGUGAAGGUGGCCGACUUCGGACUGGCGCGGUCGCUGGCGGUGGACGUGGACGAGGAGGGGAACGCGGACGCGCCGCUCACGGAGUACGUGGCGACGAGGUGGUACCGAGCGCCCGAGAUCCUCAUGUCCUGUCGGCAUUAUACGAAGGGCGUGGACAUGUGGAGUCUCGGGUGCAUCCUGGGGGAGAUGCUCAACGGGACGCCGCUCUUCCCGGGGACGUGCACCUUCAGCCAGAUCGAGUUGAUUCUCAGGUACGUGCCGAGGAGGCAGGGGAUGGGGGUUCGGGGACAUGCGUAUGCGGUGGCGGUCAUGGAAGCGGCAUCGAGGCCGAUGAGGACGCUCAGGGAUCUGGUGCCUUAUCCGUGUCCGGACGCGCUGAAUCUCUUGGAGAAACUGCUGGCUUUCGAGCCGGCGAGGAGGAUCGACGCGGAUGCAGCUCUCAGGCAUCCGUUCGUGUCGCGAUUCCAUCGGAAGGAGCCGCUGGACCUCGCUGCCGACGUCGUCCCGGUCCUCCGCGAGGACACGCAGCUGUCCAUCCGGGAAUACCGCGAGGCCAUCCGAAACGUGUGGGAGGCCGAUUCCAAGCCCUUCUACGAGCAGGACGUCGAAAGCCGUCCCCCGUACCCGGACACCCGCCAACCGCGCGGAAAAACGAAGCAUCGCGAAAACGUCACGGCCAACUACGGCGACCCGGUCAACUAUGGCGAACCGACCGCUCAUCGCCUGCUGCCUUCCGGCAACCACCGCCAAAGGUCUCAGUCGCGAGCCGCUCACGAGCGCCGCGAGCACGCGCGUCUCGUCGCCGGCCACGAUCUUCCGCCAUCCGAAUUGAUCGACUCCUUUACAAACGUCGUCCCGUCCCAUCCGGGUGUCCAGCGGGUCCGGGUCCGGCUCUUCGAUGGGCCAGUCCCCGGUCAUCAGGUACCCGUUCCCGGUCACCAGGUACCCGUCCCCGGUCAUCAGGUACUCGUCUCGUGUCAUCCGGUACCCGUCCCCGGUCACCAGGCACCCGUCCCCGGUCACCAGGCACCCGUCCCCGAUAACCAGGUACUCGUCUCAUGUCAUCCGGUACCCGUCCCCGGUCACCCGGAUGCGGACCGGCACCAGCCCAAGUUUUUCAACAACAAAGUGCUGCCCUCAGCGGCUCAAUCCAACCUCCGUGCCUACAAAUCCUCAAAAUCCCACAAGUACAUCGACGCCUCCGGACAUACGAGGGAGAAUGAUUCCAUUUUCAGAGCCGCCUGA